GUUCUUCCGCUGCACGAAGAGGUCAUAAUGGCGGCUUACAGCAUGUGAAGGGGUCGAAACUGGUGCCGGCUUUUCUGCGGAGAACAUGUAUAAAACACCAUGUAGCCGACUGACAGGAUUAAUUGUCAUAAACGUGAAGCAGAAGUUAAGCGGAAACAUCUGCCAGUAUAGUCGAACUGUCCGCAGCCUCAUCCAGCUACAGAGAAGAGACCCAACACAGUGGCUGACAUACCAACAUCUUAACUUCCUCAAACGUCAGUAUGUUUCAAAAAGAACCAGUGAGCUGCAUCAACGUGCAAUAGCCAAACAGUCUCCAUCUCUGUCACCUGUGGAUGACAGAGAUGAAAGCCUGGAACGACAGGUUGAGAAGAUCCCAACGAUUUCUCGUGAAGAAAUAGAUAAAGCAGAUUUUAAAAUCUCAGCAGAAGAUGAAAGUGCACAAACUGAAUCUAGAACGGAGGGGACAUCGUCCGAGAGUCCGCACGUCCAAGUGGAGACUGAUGAGGCCAAAGAGGCUCGCCUUGACCGUCAGUGGAAGCAGUUGAAAGUAGAAGUGUCCGACCUGCCGGAUAUAUAUGCCCGGCUAGCCAAAAUCAAGCUAACAGCUCUGGUGGUCACAACUGCAGCUGCUGGCUAUGCAAUGGCACCCGUUCCCUUUGACCCAUCUGUGUUCUUCCUGGCCUCCCUGGGAACAUGCCUUGCCUCAUGUUCUGCCAAUUCCAUCAACCAGUACUUCGAGGUGCCUUUCGACUCCAACAUGAACCGGACCAGGAAUCGUCCACUAGUCAGAGGCCAGAUAAGUCCUCUCCAUGCUGUGUCUUUCGCACUGGCCUGUGGAGUAUCUGGAGUAGCCCUGCUCACUCUAACGGUUAACCCUUUGACGGGCUUCCUGGGCGCCCUCAACAUCUUCCUGUACACCUGCUGCUACACUCCGCUGAAAAGGCUCACCAUCGCCAACACCUGGGUGGGAGCAGUAGUGGGUGCAAUCCCUCCUGUGAUGGGCUGGACCGCUGCCACAGGGGUUUUGGAUCCAGGUGCUCUGGUCCUGGGCGGCUUCCUCUACAGCUGGCAGUUUCCUCACUUCAACGCCCUCAGCUGGAACUUGAAAGAGGACUAUUCUCGGGGGGGCUACCGCAUGAUGUCCGUCACCCACCCGGGGAUGUGUAGGCGGGUGGCGCUGCGCCACAGCGUGGCCCUCGUCGGCCUUUCCACCAUCUCGCCCAUGCUGGACCUGACCACCUGGACUUUCCCCCUCAUUUCACUGCCCAUCAACCUGUACAUCAGCUACUUGGCUUUCAACUUCUACCGCAGGGCCGACCGUAGCAGCGCACGCAAGCUGUUCUUCUGCAGCCUGUGGCACCUGCCCAUGCUGCUGCUGCUGGCCCUCAGCUGCAAAAAGCCUCGCAAAGAUGCGGACGGGCCUCAGUCCCUACCUCCUGCACCGCAGAGCUAGUUCACCAAUCGUGUGAUGGACACACUGUGCUUUUAACCGCUUCACUCCAGCGCAGGAAAUGAGCUGGGAAUGAUUUCCAUCGAGUUUUACUGAUUACAUCAGGCUGUAAUCACCUCAACCUGGGUCUGUUGCGUAUGUUGUAUUUAUUUACUCAGCAUUUCCUCCCAGUGUCAUGUCGUACAUGACUACUUUUCAAAGAGAAGAACGUGUCGAUGAUUUGAAGUGCAUUGUGUAAAUGCAAAGACCAUUGAUCAAAGAUGAUGUCGAGCAGCAGCUUUUAGCUUGACAGCCUUAUUUUGACAUACAAAUAUCUCUUUAAUCUUGGAGGUACUGGAAGUUAACAUGCGCACGUGACAAUGAAUAUGAGGGUAAAUAUUCAACAAUAAAAUUACAUUGCUUCAUUUGUCCACCUCUUUUUGGGUCACACGCUCACAGAUCUGUCACAUUCGAUGACCUUUCUCUGGCAUGCAUACGAGACAAAGAGGGAGUGAAUGAUUCAUAUGCAAACAGGUUUAUAAUUUGCUGAUGUCUACAGCUCUGUCUUGAAGCCAGGUGCACUCAUCCCCUGUAGAGAAAUAACUGGUGUGACAUCAUGGCUGGCCUUAAAUAAAGACAUACACAUGGUCUAAUCCCUGUUCAGUUGUUGGACCACUUCAGAAACGCAAUAGAAACACGGGUAAAAGUUUUGCUCAGUGACUGCAUACCUGACACUGUGACUCAACAUUGACAGAAUGACGUUAUAGCAUUGGAAAAUUCCCCAACGUUCCCUGAGACACCUACUCUUAACUCUGGUCGACUUUUCCCGGGUCAGCAGAAAUGAUCGUCUUCACCAUGUGUCUGCCACAUCCUGGUGGCGGAAUAGACCCCACACUUGAGAGUAAAACCUCAGGAACUAGAUGGCAUUUUGGAGGAUUGUUAGCAAGUGUACAUGACGAGUCGGCGAGGCCUCCCACAAACACUCCUAUAACUCCACCUUGUUAAGCAGGAACUCCACACGAGCAUAAUAAACGGA